AUGACGCAGGUAAGAGGAGGGGAAGCGAAGGCAGUGACGGCGUUGAUCCUCGGCUGGCUGGCUCUGAUGGUGGAUCCCCGCGCUUCUUACGCGACAGCGGAAAACGCGAGCACCAACGAGGUGCUGCCGUACCUACUGGGCUCAAAGUCGGCGACAGGGAGCGCGUCGUCAACGGAGGUGGAGGACACGGGGAGGGUGAUCGUUUGCCCGAACGAUCCCCCGAACACCCUGUCGCGUCUUCUCGGCGUCAUUUGCGAGAAGAGCUCCGACUGCCACUUCCUCGGGGCGGACCAGCGCUGCUGCAAGGGCGUUUGCAGGCGCGGCGUGGAGGCUCCCAUCUACGAGCCGCCGCACGGAGAUUUUUUUGGGAUUCGUCGGAAAUGUCCUGCCUAUACAUUCCCAGAGAGACUGCCAAUAAAGAGAUGCUCCAAGGAUGAGGACUGCGAAAAACCGCAUCGGAUAUGUUGUCCCGAUAAAAAGGACAAGUUACUGUACUGCCGAACUGCCGCGCCGAUAUGGUCGGAACUGCCAUUUCCAAGUAACCGUGAGACUGUCAAGACUUUGAUUGGGUUUGUUCAGUGCCAGCCAGCUCCUCCACCUGUUCUUGAUAUAUUUACACGGUCUUGUACAACAAUGAUUGAUUGUUUGCCUAAUCUGUGUUGCCAAGAAGGGGCAAAAAAAGUAUGUCGACCGCCAAAACGAUCGAUUCUAAGCUUAGCUGUUCAAGCAACGUCUAGACUCAUUAGUGGAUAAAGGAGCAGGGGAAGAUGAUAAAUGGAUCAUUG